GAAAAACAAUCUUAAUUUCACAGUGUGGCGCGAGAUUGGACGCGGCGUGUGUAAAAAUAUGAUGAGAACUUAGUGGAAGUGUCGUAAUAAACUCGACACGGGUGCUAUCCGGCUGAACGAGCCUGAAAACUUGCAGUUUGGUGACUCCGCGGCGCUAACUUCUGGGAUUAGUUUGCAUGCAGUCAGACAGCGGAGGCUGACUGCGGUGGGAUGGGCUGUGAGGUGUUCAAGAUGGCGGCGCCCUGUGGAGUGCAGCUACUCUAACAGUGGUGCCUGGAGACUGUAUUGGCGGGUGGCCCCAAGAGCCUUCCGGGCAGGGAAGGACGCAGUGAGAGAGACGCCGUCUCCACCUCCACCACUGCCACCAUGGCCAGGGAGCAGCCCAACGUGGUGGACCUCCUCCCUCUCCUGGAGACCUCCGACCUCCACCAACUAGAAGAGAUCAGAGGCCUUAUCAAUGAGCACCUCAACACCGAGAGAGGGUCCAUGUUGCUAAAUGGACUGGUGGACUACUUUCUGGAAACAAACUCUGCCCAGGCCAUGCAUAUCCUCUCCUCAGUCAGAGAACCACACGAUAAGCACCUUCUGGACAAGAUGAAUGAGUGUAUGACCAAACAGGCCUGUCGACUGCCCACCCUCACCCUGCUUGGCCAUGUAGUUCGCAAGCAGCCGUCCUGGAUCCACAAGAUUGCUCGAUACCCUCUAUUGCUCUCGCUGCUCAAAUGCCUGAAGACGGAUACCGACGUAGUGGUCCUGAUAACUGGAGUGCUGGUGCUGAUCACUCUGCUACCGAUGAUCCCCCAGGCGGGAAAACAACACCUGUGGGAGUUUUUUGACAUCUUCGGCCGCCUGGCAUCCUGGAAUCUGAAGAAUCCUGGACAUGUGUCAGAAGUAUACCUGAUCCACUUACACGCCAGUGUCUACUCACUCUUCCACCGCCUCUAUGGCAUGUACCCCUGCAACUUUGUGUCCUACCUGCGCUCCCACUACAGCAUGAAGGAGAACAUGGAAACCUUUGAGGAGGUGGUGAAGCCAAUGCUUGAACACGUUCGCAUACACCCGGAAUUGGUAACAGGAACCAAGGACCAUGAGCUUGACCCCACCAGGUGGAAAAAGUUUGAAAUCCACGACAUCGUCAUCGAAUGUGCCAAAGUGUCUCUAGACCCCAAGGAAGCCUCAUGUGAGGAGGGCUACGCCACCAUGCCUGAGAAUUUUUACCCCCAACUCCACCUCCGGCCCCAGGACUGCACAUCCAGCCCCUACACGGACUUCCACAGUAGUUACGGAAGCUCUUCUUCGACCCCUUUCUCGACCCCACGGCAGCCACUGCCCCCGCCCCUGUCCUUGCCUCCUUUCUCAGGGACACAGUCCUCCUACCGUAGCCCGCAGACCUCUCGACGCCAGAACUCCAGCUGUGAACUCAACUCUUCCUGUGGGGGGAAGGACCCUCUGUGGAGCCCAUCCUCCGUGUGCGGCAUGGCCACGCCCCCCUCCUCCAGGGGCAUGUCACCCAACUUAGAGCUCUCCCACAGUGCCUCACACCUUCCUAGCCGCUUCCACUGCACUUCAGGAGGGAAAGGAACGCCUGCCUCCAGCACUCCAGCAACCUCUUCCCCGCCCCCAACACUAUCAGACGACUUUCCCAUCAUAUCCCUACCAACCAAUACAGUCCAGUCUAGUCCACCAAGAAAGGAUCGGCGACAAGGAGAAGCCAGUAAGCCUGCUUUAGUGAGGCAAGACCCAGUGAAGGAGCCGGAGAGGAGUGCAGGAGACGUAGCCAACAACAGAGAUACAGGAGGCGCUGAGAAUAUCUCCAUGACUUUGACGGAGCUGUCGGUCUUCAUGAAGAAGCAGGAGCUAGAGCUUCAGCUGAGGAUAGAGAAGGAGAGGGAGGAGGCUGCCAUCACAGAGGAGCUGCUGAAGAUCACUGAGGAUAAGCAGGACCUUCCUGGCCUGAGGGGCUUCGACUCCCCUUUCUAUCACACCACUGAGACUCUGACCGGCAGCCAGGCACAAGAGAAAACCCUCUCCAACACCCAAGCCGGUGGCCUCAUCCACGACACCCACAAUGUGGUAUCUGCUCCAGAAAAAGCAGAGAGCGCUGCAAGUACGAGCGGUGCUGGCAGUGUAGGAGGCGGAGGAGCCGGGGACAGCAGGGGGUCAGGCCUGGGCCUUGAGCAGUCAUGGUCCUUCCAGUCGGUUUUCACCCCCAUCGAUCACCACCUGCACCGAAGCCCUUCUGCCCCGGAUGAUGAGGGGGGCAAGUUUGGCCUGUUCUCCCCGAGCCCGUGCAGUAAGACCCCAGCCUCGCUGCCCUAUGAGACCUUUUUUGACCUGGCUUUGCCCAGGGCGGCCUCGCUCUUUGUGGGCAAGAAGACCUUGGAGGCAGUGCACAGGGCAGCGAUGGAGAGGCUGUCACAGCGAGAGGAAGGGUUGGAAGACGGGGAAGAGGAAGGGGUGGUGUCUGCUUCGCCACUGGAGGUGCUGGAUCGCCUUGUUCAGCAGGGGAGCGACGCCCACGAUAAGGUUCUCAAGAGAUUACCAUUGCCAAGUAAAUCAGCUGACUGGACGCACUUUGGAGGCUCGGCUCCCCUGGAUGAGCUCCACACACUGCGCAGCCAGCUGCUCCUGCUGCACAACCAGCUGCUGUACGAGCGCUAUAAGAGGGAGCAGCACGCCGUCCGUAACCGACGCCUCCUCCGACGCAUCAUCAACGCCACCGCGCUGGAGGAGCAGAACAAUGCUAUGAAGGACCAGCUAAACCUGCAGAGUGUGGAUAUCAUGUCUCUGAGGGAGAGUCUGCAGGUGGAGCAGCAGCGUUACAGGCAGCUGUGGGAUGACCGGGAGACCGUGGUGACCAGGCUGCACAGCCAGGUCAGGCAGCUGCAGCAGGGACGAGACGACUACUACACCAAGAACCAGGAGCUGCAGAGCAAGCUACAGGAGUGCCAGAAGAGGAUGGAUGAGCUGGAGGCGGAGCUUCAGAGGGCCAACAACAAGGUGUGCCACACUGGUCACCUCCUCAACCAGAUGACCAUUAAGCUGAGCAACAGUGAGAGCACCCAGCAGCAGAUGAGCUUCCUGAACAAGCAGCUGCUGCUCCUGGGGGAGGCCCAUAAGCUGUCCAUGCAGGAGUUGCAGCACGCAGGCCCUGACAAUACAAAGGAAGCCCAGAUGCUGCAGGUGUCCUUUGGGAAAGAGGUGGAGACCCUGAGGCAGAGCCUGCUGGUGCAGAGCCAGAAACUUGAGGCGGCGCAGCAGAGAGUUGCUGAGUUGGAGACCCACCUCUCCAAGAAGGAACACCUCAUUGCUGAGCAGAAGAAGUUCCUUGAGGAUGUGAAAUGCCAGGCUAAGGCUGAGCUGCAGGCGUCGGAGAGCAGGUAUCAAGCCCAGAGGAGAAUCACACAGCUCCUCCAGACGGAGCUCCUGCAGCUCUAUAGCAGAGUGGAAAUGGAGGCUCCGGCCAGCACCACCACCAGCUCACCACCAGGGGGCAGAGCUGACCCACACACUCCUGCUGAGUCCAGUAUCCCGGUGCCAGACGGACCAAUUAAAACCAAUGCCAGUGAUGAGGCGGACAAUAGACCACCACAUGAGUCCCCUCAGGGCAAUGGCAGCACUUUAUCGCCAGGGCAACCAAAGGCGACCAACUCUUCCAAGACAACCGCCAACUCCAUCAACGGUAGCCAGGACCUCACCACGCUUGUGCUGGUGGAGCCCUCCCUGCCCUGUCCCCAUCCCUGGGGUGGCAGGGAUGUGAACCCGUUCCUGCCCUGCCACCCUGCCGCCACCCUGCCACCCCCCAAUGCACCCCUCACUGUGGGCUCCUACCCCAGUGCCAAGAGCUUUCUGGGUAUGAGAGCGCGGGAGCUGUUCCGUAACAAGAGCGAGAGCCAGUGUGACGAGGAGCAACCUCCGCCGCGUCUGGCCGGCCUCGCCCAUGCGCUGAAGACUGAGUUGUGCGUGGAGCCACCCUGCCCAGGAUACAAUGCCCCUGUCAGCCCUACCCCAACCCCAGCCCCAGCCCCAACACCUUCCCCUGCCCCUUCCCCUGCCCCUGCCCCUGCCCCUGCUCCAAGCCCGGCUCCUGCCCCUGCUCCUGCUACCCAGGGGACCCCUCUCACUGUGUCCACCAAGGAGCCCCCAUCUGAAUCCAAGCAGCGGGCCUCCAACCAGGAUAGCCCCCGGAGGAAGGCCGGGGCAGGGCCUGUUGGAGGGAGGGUUCAGGCCAGCUCAGCGCGACCUAGGCAACAGCAGCUAAAGAUCAUGGACUACAACGAAACACAUCACGAGCACAGUUAGAGACAUGGAAACAGGGAGAGGGGAGAGGAGGAGGCGGAGGAGGAGAGACUGAAGUGUGUGGAGGACAGUUGGAGGAAAAGCUAUAAGCUUAAAUCCGCAAAAGAGUACAUGUCAACAACUCUUUUGAAUUCAGUGUUAUUUGUUCCAUUCCUUUGAGUGGACAACAGGAUUGUCUGUGUUUUUUUUUUUUUUUUUUUUUUUAAAUCUCAUGUAUUUAUAUAUAUGUAUAUAUGAAAUAUACAUAUAUAUAUGAAAUAUACAUUCCCCAGAGACACCAGACUUUUGUACCUGGUUUUGGAACAACGAUGCCCAAACAAAAAGACAAAAGACUCCCAUAGCAUGUGAGGCUAAUAAUCAAUCAUUAAUGUCCUAUUACAUCUUAGAUCUUAAAUCUUAUCUUUGGACACUGUAAUGAUGCACCCUGAGGCUCAACAGGUUUGUCAGAAUUUUUAUGUUGAAGGAUCGUUUUUUUUCAGCCUGGGUGUUUUACUCGUUUUUUGUCUUUGUGAUGAUUGAUUGUGCUGAACAUUUAAUCGCUAACUUCAUCACUUUAUCAGGUGACGCAGGGUUAAAAUCACCUGGAAAAAAUACCCAGAAAUUACUUUUUUCUGUGUAUUAUACUUUCUGGAUCACUCACAUCCUAGUCGUUUCUGUUCAAGAGUCAAAGGUUUCUCCACACGACACACAAACAUAGAUAAGUAUUUUAGGUCCAGAUGACAUUUCAGCCAAUUCGUUCCGUCUCUUUUGCAUAAAACCAGCUCAGACUACAGCUCACUCACAUCCAAAACCAUUUGUAUUUAGGAAUUCAAAAUCAAUCCAUCCAUUACUUGUUUAUUCCGAAUCAGGGUAACAAGGGGGCUCGAGCUUAUCCCUCUGCAUAGGUUAGAAGGCAGGAAAACACUCUGGACUGGUCACUGGUCCAUCGUGGGGCUGACACACACACACAGACAGACAAACACACCGACACACACACUGACACCUAUGGGCAAUUUAGAGUGUCGAGUUCACCUAACCUGCACGUGGAAACCAGAGCACACGGAGAAAACCCACACAAGGGAGGACGAGCGAGAACCAGGGCCGAAAUUCGAGGCCCGGUUCUUCUUGCUGUGAGGUGACGGUGCUAAUCGCCGAGCCACCGAGCUGCCCUCAAUUGAAAAUCAACCAUAGACAAACUACAGCAGAUGUCUCUAGCACCUAUAUACAUUCAUAAUAUUUUUACAGAACAUCCAAUCCGUGCAGCAUCAACAGCCCGCUUGCCAAUGAGGUCACAGUUAUUAAAAAUAAGAUCUCUGAUUCCAAAAUAUACACAGAGUUCAGGCAAUGGAUAAUCAGAAAUAAUGUAAUGUAGGAAUGUCCCAUUGCAGUGCGAGUCUUAUUUUAUUGACAUUUUUUUUUAGAUUCACCUGUUGGAAAUGAACAAAUGGUGAAACUUUCAACACAAAUCAAUCAUCGCAAUCACAAAGCUCGGAAAAUAAUACCCAGGUUGAACAUGAACCAGAAUCACCCGGUACAGUGAACGCGUAAAAAAACUACCACAUCUUGAAGAAAUUGAGAGAUUGUGCUCGUCACGAUCUGUCUUUGAGGCGCUCUUUUGCUUCGACGGUGGAGGGAGAUAUUUUUUUUUUGAUAAUCCCUGAUAGUCCCUGGUGAGCACCUGGACAAGCGUUACAUCAAAACAGGUAGCGCGCAGUGUGUGGCGACGCUGGGUUUGUCCCGGACAAACCUGGGAAGCUUGACCUUGGCGUUGUUGGACUAAAUAGGAAAACUAGACCCGCCUGCACUUCCGUGACGACUUUUUUUUUUCCCAAAGUGAUGUACGUGCUGGAGAGAGAAUGUGUUUGAGUGUUGCAAACGCUCCGCCGUUUGCAAGCGUGUCGAUCGUGUCUGUGUGUUGGUUCUUGUAUGUCCGCAAAGAUGCAAUAAGGAAUGAGAUUUAAAAACCUGAUGAAAUUUUAUGCUGUUUUAUUUUUGCACUACAUUCUGCCAUACCUUUAUUAUGUAUUCAUUCAACCAUUAUUUAUCCAGGUACUUGAUACCUGCUUGAAAAAUAAAGGGUGCUCACUGUUCUCGAUUGCAUAUCCUAAAUUUUAAUGAUCAGACAUGGCAUGUGACAUAGUUUACACGAGCCCAAGCUAUUUUUUUCUUUGCCUGUGAUUUGAAAGUGCCAAGCGAACAUUGUUAUUCCGACUGAAUACCACCGUCUCCGAAAUUGAAGUGUUUUUUUUUUUUUUUUCUUUCCUCAUGUUAUGUAUGCAUGCAACGGUUGUCUUUCAAAAGGUCUCCGUACUCACACGAGGUCUACCAGACAUCAAAUUUUCAGUAGGAACACCUUGGGAAAGAAAAACAAUUCUUGUCCAAUGAAUUAAACCCCCUCUUUCUACAUGUCUCCUAUGACAGACAUGCAGUUACCUCAUUUCUUUUUAAGUAUUAUAAGUAAACUCCUGUUUUGAAAAUAGUCUAAAUCCUGUUGUCCACCGGGAACUCCUGCUGUCAUUUCCUUCUGCCUCGCUAUCUAAAGCAUGUUCAACAAUCCACUUUAAAUGCCAACCAUAGUAACUACAGCAAACCAAGACAGAAGGUACAAUCAGCACAAACUGAAUGCAGAGUUUGAAAACCAGGACUCUGUUUUGAGCUGGAGGAUUUGGGACAAAAUGGCAAAAAAAAAAAAAAAAAAAAAAAAAAAAAGGAAGUUCUUAAAGCAGUUGCUUGUGUUUAACUGUGAACAAUAAAGAUCGUCUUCAAUGUUUUGCACUACAA